AUGGAGAGUAAAAUACGGAAAACGUUCAAAUUUGUCGUCAUCGGUGGUGGCAUUGCGGGCGUGACGUGUGUUGAGCAGUUGUCAUACAGUUUACCUUCAGCUGACGUCGCUCUGAUUACCGCAGGCUCCCACAUAAAGGCAGUGACCAACUAUAAGCAGGUGGCCAAGGUUUUAGAAGAGUUUGAUGUGGAGGAGCAGCCUACCAGUGUUCUGGAAGAAAAAUUCCCUAACCUGACUGUCAUUCACUCGCCUGUUAAAACACUGCUGGCACAAUCACAUCUUGUAGAAACUGCAGAUGGACACAUUUAUGGCUAUGAGAUGCUCUGCAUCUGCAGCGGGGCUAGACCAAAGCUGCUAACCCACGACAAGCCGUAUGUGCUGGGGAUUCGGGACACAGACAGUGCUCAGGAGUUUCAGAAGCAGUUAACUAAAGCCAGGAGGAUAGUCGUCGUCGGAAAUGGAGGGAUUGCAUUGGAGUUAGUGUAUGAAGUGGAAGGCUGCGAGGUGAUCUGGGCCGUGAAGGACAACGCCAUCGGAAACACCUUCUUUGACGCGGGAGCGGCAAAGUUCCUCGUGCCGUCGCUGGGCGCCGACAAGCCAGAGCGAGCCGCUCCGUGCAAGAGAUCUCGCUACACAACUGAGGCCCAAACCUUCACUGCAGGUCUUAUUGUUAAAACCAUCUUUUUUUUCUCACGCCGUCCACUCACGUGCACCAUUGCCUCCCCAGAUCGACACACGCGAGGACGCGGCCCCGGUCACACGGAGCCCGGCAGCGCGCUCGGUCCCGAUUGGCACCGAGGGCUUGUUCUUAAAGGAGCAGAGCAGGCAUCCCGUAGAGUUUCAGUGGAAUAUCAGUGUGAGGUGGAAACAAUCUUCACCUCCGAAGAGAUGCUCAAUUCCCAAUUGGAAACAUACACACUCGAUACUGGAAAGUGGCCAGUUUACGUAAAGCUGACCAACGGCAAGACGUUUGGGUGCGACUUUGUCGUGAGCGCCACUGGUGUGACGCCCAACACGGAGCCGUUUCUGCACGGCAACAAUUUCACUCUGGCAGAAGACGGCGGCCUCCGAGUGGACGACCACAUGGUGACGUCGGAGCCUGACGUUUACGCCGCCGGAGACGUAUGCACGGCAGGCUGGGAGCACAGUGAGCUGUGGCAGCAAAUGCGUUUGUGGACGCAAGCUCGUCAGAUGGGAUGGCACGCCGGGCGAUGCAUGGCCGCACGGGUCUUAUCGGAAGCCAUCGAGCUGGAUUUCUGCUUCGAGUUAUUUUCGCAUAUUACAAAAUUCUUUAACUACAAGGUUGUCCUGCUCGGGAAGUUUAACGCCCAGGGGCUGGGGUCAGACUAUGAGCUGCUGCUGCGCUACACCAAAGACCAGGAGUAUGUCAAGGUGGUUCUACAAAAAGGCAGGAUGGUUGGAGCAGUGCUGAUUGGAGAAACUGACUUAGAAGAGACAUUUGAGAACCUUAUUUUAAACAAAAUGGAUCUCACAGAAUAUGGGGAGGACCUUCUCAACCCUAAUGUUGAUAUAGAAGACUACUUUGAUUAA